AUGAGCUGCAAACAAAUUAUAGCUGGUUGGCUUGCUGAGAAAGGGAAUUAUGAAGUGUUUAAAAUGGGCAGUUGUCUUAUGUGGGCUCUAUGGAAGAACAUAAAUGAUAAAAUCUUCAAUUGUCGGAAUCACUCCAUCCAAAGCAUCAUCAAAGAAGCUGUUUUUUGGUUUAACUAUUCUUCCCCUGUACUUCCGGAGGAGGAAUUGCAAACAUACACCAAUCAACAUAGCGCAAGUGCUACUGAGUGGAAACUCCCUAAAGCUAAUUGGACCAAACUGAAUGUGGAUGCAGCCUAUGAUAAUUUCAACGCAGGCUGGGCAGUUGUUGCAAGAGAUCCCGAUGCUUCUUUUAAAGGUUGUGGCACAAAGUCUCGUGAAGUCUUGAGUCCUAUUGAAGUAGAAACAAGAGCUGUUCUCCUGGCAGUUGAAUUCUCAGAAGUAAUGGGCCUGCAAAGAGUUAUAAUUAAAAGUGAUGCUGAGAAAGUGAUCAAAAUGCUGACUAAGGAACACGCCAACAUCCCUUGGAGACUUCGCGAGCCAAUCCUCCGGAUCCAAGCUCAGACUAGAAAACUGACGGAGGUAAAAUUUACGUUUAUCACAAGAGAUGGGAAUAAUGUAGUCCUACUCUAG